UAUUCGGUAUUCGUUUUUGGAGGUACUUGUAGCUUUUUACCAAAAUAUUUAUUAUUUAAAUUAAAGCAAUGUUUAUAACGAGAGUUCUUUUAAAAAAAGUGAAAGCAAAAGACAUCAUGGUCCAAAUGGAAAGUUUGGUUUCUGGUCAUACGUUCAACAAAAUUAGGCCCAGACUAGCCGAUAAACUGGAAGUAAUCAGAUUCGACCCUUACGUCCAACAAGAAUGCGUAUACAGAGAAAAGAAGAAGGUUCGUAGCAUGUAAAGCACUGGGAUUUAAAAAGUUUUAUAGCGUUCAAAAAGUGUAAAUAGAUGUGUUGAUGAAUUA